GUCCUUGUUUUUCAUUUAAUCUCAGCAGCAGAACAGCAGCAGUCGGAAGAGCCAUGGCUUCUCCGUCAGGUAGAGCUGUUGGAGCAUUUCUCCACAAAUUCUCACAUGGGUUUUCUUCUCUCAAAUGUCACAACUACUCUUCUCUUCAAAGUAUUGGUUUCUUGGAUAGGAAUUUCUCUUAUUCUAUUCCUGCUAAAAUGAAAUCUAUUUAUGGAUCUAGAAGGAUAUGGACAUACCCUCCUGUCUGUAUGGGCAGGCGUUCUAGCAAGAUUGCUACAAGAAAGGGUGCUCAAGAUUUGAAGAAGGCAAAGCGGUACAGUAAAAUUGGGAAGGAAGUUGUGUCUGCUGUUAAGAAAGGAGGCCCCAACCCCAUAUCAAAUACAGCAUUGGCAACUGUGCUAGAGAAAGCUAAAGAGCUCGAUGUACCCAAGGAAAUCUUGGAGCGUAACAUCAAAAGAGCAUCUGAAAAGGGACAAGAUGCUUACAUCGAGAAGUUCUAUGAGGUCUAUGGUUUUGGUGGAGUCGGUAUGGUAGUUGAGGUCUUAACAGAUAAAAUAAACAGAUCGGUGGCAGCUGUUAGAGAGGUGGUGAAGGACUGUGGGGCAAAGAUGGCAGAUCCAGGGUCGAUUUUAUUCAAAUUUAAGCGUGCACGGGUUGUAAAUAUAAAGGUCACUGAUGCUGACAAAGACCUACUCCUUGCUAUUGCUUUAGACUCUGGCGCUGAGGAUGUUAUUGAGCCUCCAAACGAUGAGGACGACCCUGAAGAAGAUCGGUCAGAAAGGUACUAUAAGGUUGUAAGCUCAGCAGAAAAUUAUGCUGCAAUACUAUCAAAGCUUCGAGAGGGAGGAAUAGCUUUUGAACCCGACAAUGGAUUUGAGCUAUUGCCUUUGGCCCCCAUCGAGGUAGACGACGAGGCCGUGGACCUGAACAAAGAACUUAUGUCCAAAUUACUAGAACUUGAUGACGUUGAUGCUGUUUAUUCUGACCAAAAGUGAUCAACCAAGACCAUUCAAUCGUCCUCUGUUGCAAAUGAAGUGAGGUUCCAAUGCUAAAAAACUUCCUCGAAUCAUCAAUGCAAUCUAUCACCCAACUGCAAGCAGGAUGUAUUAGAUUUUUUCUUUUUACCUUCACUCAAUUGGAGAGAUUUCUUAUUGUUCGUCAGGUGGGGAAAUUGAUUUCAAGGGAGCUUUGUUGUUUCUUAUUUUACAAUAUCUUGAUAGAAGAAAAUGGUGCUUCUCUUGUAUCUUUCAUUUCAAAAUUUUGUCAAAACAGUGGAUAUUGUUCAAGGCUAUGUUAUCAAAAUUUGCUUGAAGAA